GACAGGGGGGACGGGGACAGCGACACGGGCAGGGGGACAGCCAGCCCCGCGGGGACUGACCGGCGGACAGCGCGCAGCCAGCUCCCGGAGGGAACAGGGGACAGCCAGCCCUGGGCGGGACAGACACACGGACGGACGAGGGACAGGCCGAUCUGGGAGGGGACAGGGGACAGACAGUCCCGGGAGGACAGACGGACAGGGGAGAGCCAGCUCCGAGGGGUGCAGGAAACAGCGACACAGUUAACCCCGGAGGGGACAGACAGACGAACCGGGGACAGGCAGUCCCGGGGCGGGACAGGAGGACAGCGGAGAGCAGCCGGGGUCUCGGACAGGCACCGGGGGGACACGGGAACAGAGAGCCCUGCGCAGGGACAGACGGACAAGGUGACAAGGGGGACUCACACCCAGCGCCCCGGGAGCGGGGCUGUGCGGAGCCUCCCGCAGCGGCUCCUCCGCCCGGCCGCGCACCGGGAGCCCGGCGGGGCUGCUCGGCGGCUGCUCCGCCGCCUUCCCCGGCCGGGGAUGCAGCCCGGAGCCGCGGGCAGCCGGCGAUCGAGACUCCGGGACGCGGCGGCCCGACACCCACCGGGGGCAUCGACCCCCCGAAGGGAUUUGAAGCUGGGUCAAGCGAUGGAAAUGUCAUUGUCGCGGCUCGGGGGCCCGGAGAAGUGAGCGGCCGGGGCACCGGGCUCUGCUCUGCAGCCAGACACCGGGAAGGUCCCGAGAAACCAGCACAGCCCUGGGCAGAGCGGGCAGCAAGUGGGGACUGUCACAGACUGCAAGGACACAGGACAGCACCUGGGGCCAGGAGCCGUCCCACCACCCACUCAGGGCUGGGAACAUCGGCCUCUUGAACGGACUCUGGCACCCACCUGAGCCCGAUGAGGAGCUGGGGCUGCGUGUGAACCUAUGCAGACCAGGAAGAAAUACAUUUUCCUGGCUUUCCUGGCCUCUUGGCUCCUGCUUUUCCUCUUCGGAGGGGAUCAGCUGCGCCGUUUCCCUUUCUUUUCCGCGCGGAAAGCAGAAGCCCCGAGGAGCUGGCCCCGCUGGACGGAUCGGUCCCUCCUCAAAAGCUUUGCAGACCCCGAGGAGCUGCAGAGGGAUGGGGACCCUCCCCUGCUGUCCCCCCGGGAGCGGCGGGCAGGCUGGCUGAGCAUCUACAGGAGCAGCAGGUGCCGGAUGGAAACCUGCUUCGACCUCUCCAGGUGCGAGAGGAACGGCUUCAAAGUGUUCACCUACCCCCAGGAGCGGGGCCAGCCCGUCUCGGAGACCUACAGCAAAAUCCUCAGCUCCAUCGAGCGCUCGCGCUACCACACGCCCCGGCCCGAGGAAGCCUGCCUCUUCAUCCUCAGCAUCGACACGCUGGACCGCGACCGCCUCUCGGGCCACUACGUCCACGACGUGGACGAGAAAAUCCGGGGCUCCCCGCUCUGGAACGGCGGCCGCAACCACCUCAUCUUCAACCUUUACUCGGGCACCUGGCCCAGCUAUGCCGGCGAGCUGGGCUUCGACACCGGCCACGCCAUCCUGGCCAGAGCCAGCUUCGACAGCCGCAGCUUCCGGCCCGGCUUCGACGUCUCCAUCCCUCUGUUCCCCAGGGAGCACCCGCAGCGCGGCGGGGACGGUGGGUGGCUGCGCCGGGACUCGGUGCCCCCCAAGAAGAAAUUCCUGCUGGUGUUCAAGGGGAAGCGGUACCUGACGGGCAUCGGCUCCGGCACGCGGAACGCGCUGCACCACAUCCACAACGGGAAGGACAUCAUCUCCCUCACCACCUGCAAGCACGGCAAGGACUGGGAGAAGCACAAGGACACGCGCUGUGACAAGGACAACGUGGACUAUGAGAGGCACACGUGCCAGCUCCUCACCUCCCCAUCCAACUCCUUGGGACCCAUCACCAGCUGCCGAAUCCAGGGCAGGUUUGACUACCAGGAGCUGCUGCACAACUCCACCUUCUGCAUCGUGCCCCGCGGCAGGCGCCUGGGCUCCUUCCGCUUCCUCGAGGCUCUGCAGGCCGCCUGCAUCCCGGUGCUGCUGAGUGAUGGCUGGGAGCUGCCCUUCGCCGAGGCCAUUGACUGGGGCAAAGCUGCUGUCGUGGGCAGCGAGAGGCUCCUGCUGCAGAUCCCCUCGGCCGUGCGCUGCAUCCACCCCGAGCGCGUGCUGGCCUUCCAGCAGCAGACCCAGUUCCUGUGGGAAGCCUACUUCUCCUCCGUGGACAAGAUCGUGCACACCACGCUGGAGAUCAUCAAGGACCGGCUGUCUCCGCACCGCUCCCGCUCCCGCUUCCUCUGGAACGCGCUGCCCGGGGGGCUCCUGGUCCUGCCCGACUUCUCCACCCACCUCGGGGAUUUUCCCUUCUACUACCUGCACCACGGCUACAGCCCCUCCAAGAAGUUCACGGCUUUCAUCCGGGCGGUCUCGCAAGCAGAGUCUCUGUCCCAGCCCAUCCUCAGGCUCAUCCAAGCCGUCUCUGGAUCCCAGUACUGUGCCCAGAUCGUGGUCCUGUGGAGCUGCGAGAAGCCGCCGCCCCCGAGCGGGAAAUGGCCCCAGAGCAGCGUGCCCCUGACCAUCAUCCAGGGCAGGAGGAAGCUCAGCGACCGCUUCUUCCCGUUCGGGGCCAUUCAGACGGACGCGGUGCUGAGCCUGGACGAGGACACCAGCCUCUCCACCAGCGAGGUGGACUUUGCCUUCUCGGUGUGGCUCAGCUUCCCCGAGCGCAUCGUGGGCUUCCCCACGCAGAGCCACUUCUGGGACGCCGAGCAGGGCCGCUGGGGCUACACCUCCAAAUGGACCAACGAGCUCUCCAUCGUCCUCACCGCCGCCGCCUUCUACCACCGGUACUACCACAGCCUCUUCACCGAGUACCUGCCCGCGGGGCUGCGGGAGCUGGUGGACGGGCUGGCCGCCUGCGAGGACAUCCUGAUGAACGUCCUGGUGGCCGCUGUCACCAAGCUGCCCCCCAUCAAGGUGACCCAGCGCAAGCAGCACAAGGAGGGGGUGGCCCAGCGGGCGGAGUGCGGCGAUGGGGCUGCGGGGACCCCCCCGGCCGGGCAGCGGAGCCCCUCGGCCCCGCGCCCUGCUCCUGCCGGGGCGGAGGGCACGGACGGCAGCCAGCGCUUCUCCCAGCGCCAGGACUGCCUCAACCAGUUGGCCGACUGGUUUGGCUACAUGCCCCUGGUGCCCUCCCAGCUGCGCCUCGACCCCGUCCUCUUCAAGGACCAGGUCUCGGUCCUGCGCAAGAAAUACCCGAGCCUGGAGAAGCCGUGAGGGCUGCCGGGGUAGGGGCGGGCUCCCGGUGCUCGGAGCCCUCCGGGGGCAGGCUCGCUGCUGCUGACGGGGUUUUACUCGUUAUUGGGUUUUACCAGUGCAAUAAAGGAGGGGGGAGAGGUAGGA